AUGACUGGACCUGCAUCUCGUGGCAUAUUCGUUGUACUAGAAGGUGCAGAUCGAGUAGGGAAGACAACACAAGCGUCACUUUUGGCUAAGGCUUUAUCAGAACUUACAAAGAAGCAAACAUUGUCCGUUAAAUUUCCUGAUCGUGACACACCACUUGGAAAACAGUUAGAUGCAUAUUUAAGUGGUGCAGGUGAAAUCAACAAUCAUGCACUGCAUCUAUUGUUCACUGCAAACAGGUGA